CUUCCCCCCCCGCUCUCUCUUUCUCUCUCCUUCUCUUACCAUCACCAUUACAAAAUGUUCAGUUUUCUCUAGUCGACAUGUCCUUUUUAUCUGUUAUCUGAUAACUUUUAAUUCUUAGUACCUUUAGAUUGUAUUCUGUUACAUGUUCUUACUGUUUAAUUAGUAGUAAGAAUUGUCAAAUGUCACAAGUUAAUUACAAUAGUACAAAAUACAAAUCAAACACUAAAAUACACUAUACAAAAAAGCAAUUACAAAGAUAUUAAUAUAGUUAAUAGAAUGGAAUUGAAAAUGGAUUCGAGUUAAGGGAGGAGUAUGAAAAUAAACAAAAAUCUUUUAGGAUAAAUUGUUAAAAGUGUUCAAACUAUGUUAUACUUUGUGAGAAUUUAAAUAUGAUAGAUGAAAAUUUGACCACAUGUCAGGUACGUUUUCAAAACGUAUGGAUGUAUGAAUUCUUUGGUAUCACUUUUAGUAGGUAAAUAAGAACCAAAUUUACUUGGUCAAGAGUCCACUCUCGGAAAAAGUGUAUAAAUAAGCAACAACUUAUACCCAUAAUUUCCAUUCAUUGGUUACGUUCUUUGUUGUGACUUCCUGUUUCUUCUUCCAUUUGGGUUCUCACAACAUCUCCUUUCCCUCUCUCUCUCUCUCUCUCUAAAUUUAAUACCCUUUCUCCACUUCUUUACUACUUUAUUGCUCUAAUUUUUAUUUCCAGAGAAAUUAAAGGUUUUCAUAUCAAUGGAGACUUCAUCUUCUUCUUCGUCUUCUUCUUCUUCAUGUAUGAAAUGGAGCUGUGAAAAUGGGUAUCAACCUCAUGUUCUUGCUGUUGAUGAUAAUCUUGUUGAUCGUAAACUUGUUGAGAAAUUGCUAAAAAACUCCUCUUGUAAAGUAACGACGGCAGAAAAUGGUGUGAGUGCUUUGGAGUUCUUAGGAUUGUUGGAUGAACAUAAUCAACACACCAACUUUGAACGCUCCAAUUGGCAGCAGAGGUCAAAAGUGAAUAUGAUCAUCACUGAUUAUUGCAUGCCAGGAAUGUCUGGAUAUGAACUUCUCAAGAAAAUCAAGAGAUCUUCGAAGAUGAAGGAAGUUCCUGUGGUGGUUGUAUCAUCAGAAAACGUGCCCACUCGCAUCAACAAGUGUUUAGAGGAAGGGGCAGAGAUGUUUAUGCUGAAACCCUUGAAACAAUCUGAUGUUGUGAAGCUCAAAUGCCAAUUCAUGAACUGAAAAAUGUUUAGAGGUUGAGGGUGAGGUUGAGGGUGUUAUAUGCAAGUUUUGUGGAAGGAUUAGGGGAAGUUGCAUCAAUUUCUUGUGUUUUAUUUUUAUAUUUGUUCAAUGGAUUUGGGUUGCAAUAUAAUUCCAAUCAUUUUGAUUUCAUGUC